AUGUCUUCUCUUUCCUCCUCAUCGUCUAAUGUGCGAAUGGAUCGACGCUUCGACUGGGUUGGACCGCCGGAUAGUGUCUCGAAAAUUCGCAAAAUUAUAGAAUGGUAUCGCCGAAACCUGCAGCUCAUUUGGCCGGCACUCAAAGUCAACGUCGUCAGAUUUUUCCGAAUGGCCAGGAGAUAA